AUGCAGCAUGUCCUCGAGCCGACGCGCGGACAGGCAUGGGUUGAGUCGCCGUAUUUGCGGUCGCUUAUAGCAGGCGGGCUAGCAGGCACAACAGUAGACCUCUCCCUCUACCCGCUCGACACCCUCAAAACCCGCCUCCAAUCGAGCGCCGGCUUCGCCGCGUCCGGCGGCUUCACAGGCAUAUACCGGGGCGUAGGCAGCGCAAUCGUGGGCUCCGCACCAGGCGCGGCCCUCUUCUUCAUCACCUACGACACGAUAAAGCGGUCCUUCGCCGCCGCUACGCCCCACGUAUCCAUACAGUACAACGCAGAAGGCAAGCCGUACAAGGAAGCGCGAGCAGACAGCGGCAAUGAAGCACUCGUGCACAUGCUCGCAGCGAGCAUGGGCGAGGUAGCCGCGUGCGCGGUGCGCGUGCCCACCGAGGUGAUAAAGCAGCGCGCGCAGGCCUCGCAGCACCCUUCGUCGCGCGCGGCGUUGACGCACAUCCUGCACCAGCGAGCCACGCGUGGGCUGGCGCAUGUCUGGCGCGAACUGUACCGCGGGUGGAGCAUUACGAUUAUCCGCGAAGUGCCCUUUACCGUCAUCCAGUUCCCGCUGUGGGAAGCGCUGAAGAAGUACCGGUUAGCGCAGACGGGCCGCGAGCAGGUUUCUGGGCUCGAGGGCGGGUUGCUGGGGAGUGUGGCGGGCGCGGUUGCGGCGGGGGUUACGACGCCGUUGGAUGUGCUCAAGACGCGCAUGAUGCUUGCAAAGGAGAAACAGCCCAUGUUUACCAUGUUGAGUUGUAUAUUGAAAGAGAGUGGGCCACGGGCGUUUUUCGCGGGCAUAGGGCCCCGGGUGGGCUGGAUUAGUGUCGGAGGCGCCAUAUUCCUUGGUUCGUAUCAGUGGGCGAGCAAUGCCCUGGGAGGGGUUCAAGAGCUGUGA